AUGCGGCCAGGUGCAGUGCAUCAGCAGCCGGACGAGGAGGAGGACGGUGAGGAGGAGGAGGAGGAUGGCGAGGAAGGGGAGGAACGGGAAGAGGGGGAGGGUAACAGUGAGCAGUACAGCAGGACGAGAAGCAAGGGGCCGGAGGGCGAGGAAAUCUGCAGAGUGCUGGGCGGAGGGGUUGUGCUGGGUUCGCUGGUGCUCGUGUCUGGCAGCCCAGGUGCUGGGAAGAGCACUCUCCUGCUUCAGUUGGCAGGGCUGCUGGCGGAGGAGGCAAGAGGCUCGCUAACAGGAGGCUCCCCGCUGGCUGUGCUUUAUGUGUCGGGGGAAGAGCGCGAGGAGCAGCUGGCCACACGGGCCAAGCGCCUGGGCAUAACUGCAGACAACCUCUUCCUGCUCUCCGAGAACAACCUCGAGAGCAUUCUUGAGGGAAUCACGGAGAUAGAGCCGCGUGCUGUGAUUGUGGACUCCAUUCAAACCAUGCACCUGCCAGGUGUCACCGGCUCAUUGGGCAGCGUCAGCCAGGUGCGGGAGUGCACGCUGCUGCUGCUGCUGGAGGCCAAGAACCGAGGCAUUCCCAUCUUCAUUGUGGGCCAUGUGACUAAAGCGGGGGACGUGGCGGGGCCGAGGGACUUGAAGCACAUAGUGGAUGUGGUGAUGCACGUGGAGGUGAGUGUGACUGUAACAGGUGCUACAUUGGUGGUAGGGAGUGGUUUCAAAGCUAGUGUCAAGGGACCUGAAGCACGUAGUGGAUGUGGUGAUACGCGUAGAGAGUCGAUGAGUGUGCAGAUCAUUAUCGGUCUUGCUCAUGCGUCACGGUCCUUCUAUGCCGUAGCUAUCUCCGGAGCGACAGGCAGGACAGCCACCGCAUUCUCAGCACCAGCAAGAACUGAUUCGGCCAAUGAUGAGGUGAGUGUUGUUAUAGGGGAGUGGAUGGAGGUGAGUGGGUGGAGGGGAGUGGGUGGAGAUGGCAGCAUGCGGCAUGGUGCCAUUGCUCCACCCCAGCCUCGCCUUCCCCUAGCCAGCAAGGCAGGGGACGAUGGCUAG